UCACGUGGUACUGUCUGUUUCCUCAUUUGAACUAUGAUUUGAGCCAGUGACCGAUGGUUUUUGUACUAAAGAGUCGCAGUAAAAGCUUCUUUCGGCAUGGCUUUUGACACGCGCCCGCUCUGUGUCUGCAAAGUGAACCUCCUCUUCAUUUUCGCGCUUUUCGCGGCGGUGGAAUGUCUGUCGAAAGGUUUCCGGAGUCACGCGCGUGAUGAUGGCAGCCGCGAGGCUGUGUUUGAGGAGCAGUGGUUCACGCAGAAGCUGGACCACUUCAGUGGUGCGGAAAGCAGCGUGUGGAAGCAGAGAUACUUCCUGAAUGAAGCGUUCUACAAACCCGGCGGACCAGUGUUCCUGAUGAUCGGAGGAGAGGGUCCAGCAAACCCCGCGUGGAUGAAGAACGGAACCUGGCUGACUUAUGCAGACAAGCUGGGAGCCCUGUGCCUGAUGCUGGAGCAUCGCUUCUACGGGAAGAGUCACCCAACCGCGGACCUCAGCACAAACAACCUGCGCUUCCUCAGCAGCCGUCAGGCCCUGGCCGACCUGGCCCAUUUCCGUACCGUCAUGGGCGAGGCCCGAGGGUUGACCAACAACAAGUGGGUGGCGUUCGGCGGCUCGUACCCGGGCUCUCUGGCCGCCUGGUUCCGGCUGAAGUACCCUCACUUGGUGUAUGCCUCUGUGGCUACCAGUGCACCCGUGCAUGCAACGGUCAACUUUCCAGAGUACCUUGAGGUUGUGUGGCGUUCACUGGCCUCCGAGAAUGCGCAGUGUCCCUUGCUGGUGAAGAAGGCUUCAGAUUCCCUGGUGCAGAAGUUGAAAGACCCCGAGACAUUUGACAACAUCACCAAAGACUUCAACCUAUGCUCCAAACUGCAGAUCCAGACAGAGAUGGACUCUGCUUACUUCCUGGAGAUGCUGGCUGGUAAUUUCAUGGAUGUUGUCCAGUACAAUGAAGAUAACCGAGAGUUUGAGGGUGUUCAGGGGGGGAACAUCACCAUCAAGGUGCUGUGUGAUGUGAUGAGCGACCCCUCGCUGGGCGAUCCUUACGCCCGGUACGCCGCGGUGGCCCGGCUCCUGAUGGACACCUUCUCACUCAAAUGCUUGGACGCCAGCUUCAGUAACUACCUGAGAGACAUGACCAACACGUCCUGGGAGGGGCCUGCUGCAGGCGGAGGGAGACAGUGGGUCUACCAGACGUGCACUGAAUUUGGAUUCUACCAGAGCACAGAUUCACCCAACCAGCCUUUCACUGGCUUUCCUCUUGAUUAUCAGCUGAAACAGUGUGCAGAUUUCUACAAUGUCAGCGCUGAACAGGUGGCACAAGCUGUGGUCCAGACCAACGAGUACUAUGGGGGCUACAACAUUAAAUCCAGCAGAAUAGUCUUCCCCAAUGGGUCCAUAGAUCCCUGGCACGCUCUGGGGAUUACCCAGGACAUCACAGCCGAACUCCCCGCUGUUUUUAUCAAAGGAACGGCCCACUGUGCCAACAUGUACCCAGCCAGGAGCCAGGAUCUGCCGCAGCUUUCUCUGGCUCGUGACCACGUCCUACUACUUCUCCAGCAGUGGCUCAAAAACUGACCUGGGGAUUUUAAAAAACCUGAAAAACUCCAAGAGGAAGUUCACCCAAAUCUCUGUCUGAUUAACAGAUUAUUCAAUCGCCUCUUUGCACAAAUCUUUGUACUUUGGAAGAAAUGGAAUGAGAUUUGAAGAUGUAAUAAAAUCCUGUGUUUACAAAGA